AUGCUAUUCGCCCACAAACUUCUAUAUCCAAGACUUCUUUCAACUAUACACAAAGAUUGUUCAACUCCCCAAUUUACUACUACAUCAAAGUUUUUAGAUAUCUCAAACCAUUCCGCUCUAACACAUCUACCAAAAUAUUCUGUCGACAUGGCUGAACACAAAAAUGUUCCGUAUAAAUCUCAAAAUGUAGAAGAAGUUCAAACACUUCUUCGAAAUCUCAAUGAUAGCGCCGGCAAAGGAAAGAAACAUGGUUUCAGUUGCAAGAAAACUCCUUUCCAGGUCGAUGGAUCUCCAGCAAGAAUUGUUGUCGAAUCUUGGCGUUUUCAAGAUUGGGACUACAAGCGACAUGAUUUACCUACAUACGCACGAGGUCUUUUCACCAGUAAAAAUGAAAAGGGUCAGCCAGAGGUUGCAGUCCGUGGUUAUGAUAAAUUCUUCAAUACGGAAGAGGUUAGUUCCACGAAAUGGAACCAAAUCGAAGCCAACACCAAGGGUCCUUAUGAAUUGAGUCUCAAAGAAAAUGGAUGUAUUGUCUUUAUUAGCGGUCUUCACGAUGGCACUCUAUUGGUCUGUAGCAAACAUUCUACCGGUCAAGGAAACAAACCAGAAAUGAGCCACGCAAAAGCUGCUGACAGGUGGGUUGACAAACAACUUCAAGCCAUUGGAAAAACUCGGCAGGAUCUCGCCAGAGAGCUUAGAAAGAGAAAUGCCACUGCGGUCGCCGAGCUUUGCGAUGAUGAUUUCGAGGAGCACAUUUUAGCAUAUGGCAAAGAUGACGCAGGGCUUUAUCUUCACGGUAUCAACAUCAACUUGCCAGAGUUUAUGACAUAUCCUGGAGAACAAGUUCAGGCUUUUGCAGCCGAAUGGGGAUUCAAAAAGACUGAUUUUCUGGUGAUGGACGAUAUUCAAGUCGCCAAAGCCUUCCUUGACGAAGUAGCUGAAACUGGAUCUUAUCAAGGACGUGAUAUUGAAGGUUUCGUCAUUCGCUGUAAGGCUCGUACCAGAUCAAAUGAGUCAUUUUCAGAUUGGUUCUUCAAGUACAAAUUCGAGGAGCCAUAUCUAAUGUAUAGACAAUGGCGUGAGUGCACAAAGGCCUUGAUUUCCGGAAAACCAGCUCGAUUCAGAAAGCAUGUCAAGAUCACAGAAGAAUACCUUCUGUUUGCACGAAAACGCCUUGCCGAGGAUCCUAAGUUGGGAAAAGAGUAUGCACAUAAUCAUGGUAUUAUCAAGUUGAGAGAUGAUUUCCUGAAGGAAAUUAAUCUGAAGGGUUCGGAUAUUAUUCGUCAAGAAUAUUCUCAACUUGGAGGGUCACCAGAUGAAGUGCAUAAUGAUGUUAUUCUAUGUCCAGUUGCAACAAUUGGUUGUGGAAAGACAACUAUUGCGCUUGCACUUACUCAUCUAUUUGGUUGGGGCCAUGUUCAGAAUGACAACAUUACGGGCAAGGGCCGUCCACCUCGAUUCACCAAGGAAAUUUUGACACAGCUCGAAGAAAAGCCUGUUGUCUUUGCUGAUCGAAAUAAUGCCUCAAGACAUGAACGAAAGCAACUGAUUGAUGAUGUACAUCUUACUCAUCCGCACGUUCGACUCGUCGUCUUGAAUUUUGUUCACGAUAGAGCAAGCAUCGAGAAAGUUCGACAAGUUACUCAAGAUCGAGUAAUCAACCGCGGCGACAAUCAUCAGACUCUCCAAGCAGCAUCAGAUACAAAGAAAGUUGUUGGUAUCAUGGAAGGUUUCAUUCAACGCUUUGAACCAGUGAAUAUAUCUGCACCACCGGAUGAUGGAUUCGACUGUUCUAUCAGAUUGGAUCCUACUAAGGACUCGCGAGAGAAUCUUGAGACUGUUGUUGGACAGCUUUCAGCACAAUUUCCAAAGCUUUUUAUCGAUUUGCCCACGAGCGAGGAUCUUGAUGAGGCAAUUCAGUUUGCAUUGAGCGAUUACAAACCAGAUCUCAGACAUGAAGUUGGCCGUGGACCACCUAACAAUCACAAUAGGAAUCAACAGAAAGAGAACAGAAAUCAAACCCAGCAACCACAAAUUGCAAAGAAGAGAAAACCAUUGGAAUACGUCUCCAUUGACCUUCCUCGAAAUGAUAUUAAGGAGACGCUUGACGAUGCUUUCGGUCGUGUAUCCUCAAACAAAGCAAAAUUUUACAGAGCCCUAGAGGGAAUGCAUCGAGUUCAGCCAGAAUUUCACGUCACUCUUAUUCAUCGAGCUAAUUCCAAACAAUUCCCUGAGUUGUGGCAGAAAUACAGUGAUUUACACGCGGAUCAAGUUUCCAAAGAUCCAUGGAGCCCUGGAACUGGAUUUGGCAACUGUCAAGUUAUGCUGGAGAGAAUCGUAUGGGAUGACCGUAUCAUGGCAAUUGUUGCUAGAAUUAUCGAUGAUGGAUGGGAAUGCACGAAUGAAGUAGCACAUAUUACUGUUGGUACAAGAGGAAAUGAUGUUAAACCCAAGGAAAGCAAUGAUUUGUUGAAGCGUUGGCUUGCGCAGGGUAGUGGGGAUGAGAGCGGAAUUGGAGAGAUUGCUAUUGAAGGUAGGAAGACUGUUCAGGGAGUUGUUAAGGGCAUUCUUUCUAGAUGA